AUGGUAUCCACUCGUCCUAUUGUCAAGGUUGCGGCUGUCCAGGCCGCACCUGUCUCCUUUGAUCUGGAGAAGAGUCUGCAGAAGCUGAGUAAGCUUACAGAGGAAGCUGCUCAGGCCGGCGCAGAUCUAGUUGUGUUCCCAUACGCGUUUGACGCAACGAUUGGUGCUCGAGAGCCGCGAGGGCGCGAGUGGUAUGCCAAGUACGUCGAUUCGGCCGUCGAGGUUCCCUCUCCCGCCUUCGACAGGCUUUGCGAAACAGCUAGGGCAAACAACGUUCUCCUUCACGUAGGAAUCAUUGAAAAGGCAGGCGGUACGCUAUACUGCACUGCGUUGCUUCUCGACCGGGAGGGCAAGCUGGUGUACAAGCAUCGCAAGGUGACACGGCCGAUCUACCAGCUCGGAUUUGAGACUAACAAGUAUAAGCUGAUUCCAACGGCCGCCGAGAGACUUGUUUGGGGUCGAGGCGCUGGAGAUGGCCUGUUAGUCAAGCCAACGGAUGUGGGCAGAGUCGGAAGUCUGAUCUGGUUGGCUGCCCCUAGUCCCAAGUGUAUUUGUGGAAAAGAAUGCUGA